UGCUGCUGCUGCUGCUGUUAGAGGUGGUGGCGCACCCAUGGAAUAGGAUGGUGGUGUAUAGCUUCUGCUGGACUGGCUUUGAAUCAAACAAAGACAAUGACAGAGACACGCAGAGAAACAAAGACAAGCAUAGGGAGAACACGAUCGAACAGUAACUGACAAAGACACAAAUACGUGUAUGUACAGAGCGAGAAAGAGGGAAGUGCAGACGAAACCAGGCUGAAAGAGCUUGCACAGGGUGAAGCAAGAAGGAGGGAAGAAGGUGGGAGAGAGAGACCUGGGAUCGGUGCUAGAAGAGCGGCCACGAGAGCGCCAGAGAGAGAACGGGCAACUAAGAGAAAGAGAGAGAGGAGGGAAGCACCGGUGGAGGAGGCAUUAUAUACUGGCUGGAUCCUCAUUCGGCUGCCAGUUUCUCGGCUGUACGCGGCUACGAGUGUACCUCUACUCGACCAACGAUAUAUUCGUGACCUUAUCCAAGCCGGGGAGGAAUUGACAAUCUCUUUGGGACCGGGAAGAAACAGCCUGCUGUUCCUUCUUCUUUAAAUCAAGGACGCUCGAGUCCAAGGACAACUACUGCUUGUUGGAAAUCUCGUCGUCUGGUUCCAUCUUCUUUCUUUUUUUUUUUCCUCCUGUUGGAUCUUCCAACGUCGUUUUACUUUAUACAUCGAAGACUUUUCGAGACAUUGACAUCUUUCAAGAUAUUCGGAGCUGUUCCUCGGCUGUUUCUCUCUGUGUACAAGCAUCCAGGGGUGACACAUCUUGAGAAGAGGAUCCUGAAGACGCUGAGGAGGGUGUACGCGUGAGGAGAUACCUCGGUGAAGAUCAUAAGAAAAAAACGAUGGCCACUUACGCGACCUACAGACACGUCGAGCUCGACAAUGUUGGAUACGGAAAGAAAAGGGUAUUGAAACCCCCUGGUGGCGGAAGCAGCGACAUUUUCGGCGCGGCCCCCGAAGAGACUAGCCCCCGCCGCGUGAAGAACCACAACCAGUCGCAGCUGGGCUCGGCGCUGUUCGGCGAUACACCGAACAGCAACAGCAACGAAACGCCGCGCAACAAGCCCGGUAAUGAUUCAUACAAUCGCCUGUUUGGCCCUCCCGAUGCCCCACCCACCACCCCAAACGCGAAAAAUCACAUGCGCAGCAAUAUCUCCCUCAGCGGGGAGUCGACGUCCUCAUCGGUGUCAUCAGGCGCCGCAACGUCGCCCGCGAAGAGCACCGGAAGUACGGACUCGAUCGCGGGCGUUCUCAACGGAUACGCGGCCAGCAAUGGCAACAAUCUGACCAACGAUGUCACAGCUUUUAGGAGAAUCAAACGAUUUCGUGGAUCAUCCUGCUUAACUCGCAACCCGGUCACCGGAGACGGAGUUGACGUGACGCCCGUGAGGCGCAGCGCACGAAGGUGUCGAGAUGGUAACCCGGUAACCGGAACUGGCUACGCAGAGUCACAGAACAACGGGCCUGCCGUGCAAAACGGAACGUCCAGCUCGAAUUCCAGCGAGAAGUCGAACGACACGUCGCCGGCGGCAAAGGUUCCGGCACGUACACGCGUGCCACCCGGUGGAUACUCAUCCGGACUAUGGUAAAAAUGUGGCCUCAUGGACAACCGCUGAUCGACAUCCUCCUUUCGAUUGGCGCCAGAAAAACCCUUCCAGUACUGGCAAAUUCGAAAGAAAACCGGAUCCUCCAGUUAAACAAUUACUCCAGUAGUAGAAAUAUUCAGUUUAGGAGCGAUUGGUUUCUUGUUUCGAUUAAGAAAACGAAGAUUAAUUAACCGCGUUUACGUAUUCUUUUUCUGAGGAAUUCUUCUAGACGAACCGUAUUCUUCCCGUUCUAUCCUUUUUUUUCUUUCUUUAUAGGCAGUAGCUUGAAGUCGAUCUUAGAUCUUGAAUUUUACACGGGAGAUCACUCGACUUGAAAUCUUAGAUUUUAAUGUAGCUUCGGAUACAAAUCGAUCGUUGAGAAAUAUUAGAUGCUUUUCUUUCGUUUCCUUAGUUGUUUAAAUUCAUUUGCGGGAGAAAACAAUAUCAUUUAUGGGGGAUGGAAAAUAUAUUUGGUCCAUUAUCUUGGAAAGUAAAUACCUUUAAGAGCUAAGAUUGAUCAUUAUUGAUACGUUUGGGUAAAUAAAUUUUUCAUGUCCCGUUUUGUGGAUUGUUUCCAAUUUCUAAAUAUGAAUUUCGGCAGCUGGGGAAAAAUACGUAAUAUUUUUUGAUGCUCUACCUUGUGUUCAAGGUUUCAUCAAGAUCUCGUAAUUUUCAGUUGGGUGAUAUUCCUUUGUUAGAAUUUAUUUAGAAGUUAUUUCAAAGUUGAGCUUCGGUUCGUGUUUUCUAUCGUUCAUUCUUAAUGUUAUAUAGAGUGAAUUUCUGUAUCACGUAGGAAGGGUAGAGGAGGAGGUUUAGAGCAUAAAAUUUGGCAGAAGUUGUCGAAUGUGAGUUAUCAAGAUUUCAAUUUUUAUUCUAAGAACUUUCGAGGAUGUUAUGUUCGUAGUUUGUACUUCUUUUACAUUCGAAUAUGUUUAAGUAAAACGAAAGAAAGAAAGAAAGAAAGGAAGAAAGAAAGAAAAAAAGAAAGAAAGAAACGAUGGUUCGAGUGAGAAAAUGAAUCCUGCCAAAUUCUGGAAGGCGAGAAGUCGGAAGCGAGCGUCAAGAACCACGCUUCUUUGAGUUGAUAGACUGCUGUCGGUUGGUUUUUUCUUCGGAUAAGGAAAACAAAUCGUAAUUUGUAAUUGAUGAAUAGCGAAAAAUUAAAUGAAAAGAAAAAAAUAACGCGAACGUCCAGAGAGUAGAAGAGAGAUAGCCCUCAAUUCACGAAUAUAAUAAUGAAUACUUAUAAAAAAAAAAAAAAAAAAAAAAAAAAAAAUAGAAAACGUUCGACGAAACUUCGGAAUUGUAUAUUAGAAGUAGACAUAUAUUAUUCGAAAGAAGAAAAGAAAAGGUAAUAAUAAUAUUAAUAAUAAUAAUAUUAAUAUUAAUAAUGAUUAUAAAACUACAUUAUAUGUGUAAUCCAUAAAAAAAGAAAUAAGGUCAAGUGCUUUCUUAAUUUCUGUGCCUUUUUAAUAACCGUAUAUAGUUUUUUCUUCUGCAUGAAUUAAAUACGCCAUUCUACGUAACAUUUUAUAGAGAGCACAGUUCCUUUUUAUUUCUCGUUUGUUCUUAAGUUUCUACGUUCAUUCAAAUAAAGGAGAGGAAGAGAGAAAAGACCGCUUUUGCACACGGAUGCAUAAAUACCUACCCAUAUUUAAAAUAGAGAAGAUUGCAAUUUUACUAAUCAUAUUGUAGUAAUCCAUUAUACAUUCAGAUAAUCCUUAAUCGUUCGAUUUACCAACAUGCUAAACGGUUAGGAUUUACGUGGAUCCUAUUUAUCACUGUAUCACUUACGGUCCUCUUAAAGCAGAGACACAACGUAACUCUGUCGAAAUAACCAAUAAUCAUUCAUUUUUUUUAUAGUCGUUCACUAUCUGCUUCUUCCUUGUUUCACGAUAACGCAUAAGGAAUUGUAUUUAUUAUUUCACGGUAAGACUCUCGUGCACACGAUUUUUCUUACGCUCGAAAUAAAAAAUAAAAAAAAAGAGAGACAGAAGAAAUGACGUUUCUUCAUCGUUUUGGUGUGAGUAAAAAAUUGUUUGUAUUGCAUCGUAUUCUCGUCUCAUAAGUAGCCUUUUUGUACUCUGGCAUUAAUUAAUAAAAUUUUGUAAGCAACAA